AUGCGGCUCCCUCAUGCACUCACUGUCCUCCUGCUGGCCAGUCUGCCGACGAAAGUUCUCUCCCAAGCCGGCGGACAAGGCACAGUAAUGCUCUACACCGACCCUGACACUGGCAUUCCCUUCUACGGCUAUGUCGUCCCCGGCGGAUACCGCUUCGGCAUCGUCAUGCCCGAAAAGCCGACAUCCGACUUUAUCAUGCAGCUCACGGCGCCGCUGCUGGAGAAGGGACACGGAUGGGUGGGGGUGUCGAUGGGGGCUUCAAUGAAGGGGAGUUUGCUUCUCAUCACUUGGCCGAACGGUAACGACGUGAUAACCUCCGCCCGCCUAGCAACAGGCUACACCUCCAGCAGCGUGAUCCCGUACUCCAAAACCAGCUUUUCCAAACACAACACCAUCAGUCUUGCCCCCCUCCCCACCGGGACCUACGCCAACAGCACGCACCUCGUCUCAACAUUCCUCUGCACAGGCUGCAUCCACCCCAAGUUGAGCUUCUCAACCGACUGGGCAUAUGACUCCAGCUAUAGUGGAGAACACUAUUUUUCGCUGGCGUAUUCAAGCAUGCCAGUUGACGAGCCCGAGAAGGAGGAUACCAUACUGAGCUCGCAUAAGGGUGAUGGAGCGAAGGGGUGGUAUGCGGGGUUUAAUUUGGGGUUAGGGAAUGCGAAGAAUAGGGCGUUUGAGAAGUUUCUUGAUCUGGUCGACUCCCAGCUCAAAGGAGAAAGGAGGACCAGCGUCUCUAACGAGGGAGGCUAUUCUAAACCGACAGGAACCGGAACCGGGCCGAUCACCCCAACCGCAACGGGCCGAGUCGUAGGCAAUUACACCGCCUCACUUGCAACCUUCCGAACCACGCCGCCAGCAUUCACAAUCACCAGCGCCUCAACAGAGACAGAGAAAGUGUACGCGGGUAUCGCGACGGGCACGGAAGCCAUAGUGACAACCAAGACGGCAGACCCGUGGGUACACGAGACACAGACGCCGACGCAGCCAAGCACGGUGCAUGCGAAGAUUGAUCCGUUCUGGGCAUGGAUGACGGCGCUGGCCGUGGGGGUUUAUGUGUUGCAGGCUUUUUCGAACUGA